ACAUCGAAAACGCAAUCGAUAUUUCUUCAUCUCUAGUGCAAUGUAUUAUUGUAUGUUUUGCCAACAAUAAAUACGCGCUAGUUAUGUUCCCAAAAUGUUAAUUGUUUUGGUAGUUAUUGCCACUCUGAGCCAAUGCACAGCCACGUCAACGAUACACAUGCCAGUGACGACUCAGGACAUAAUUGCAGGUGACGUGUUCUUUGAAAUCGUUUCGCCGCAAGAUCUUGAAUACACCUAUCGACUGCGGCCGGCCAAGGACUUUGGCGUGUCCUUCUCACAGAAGCUUGAAAACGUGCCUAUGGUGUUGGCCGACCCACCAGAAGCUUGCCAAAAGAUCCGCAAUGUACGAGAGAUGCACGGAAGCGUUGCGCUUAUGGAUAGGGGUCAAUGCUCGUUUCUUACCAAGACACUUAAUGCAGAGGCUGCUGGCGCAAUUGGCGCUAUCAUCACCGAGUACAAUUCGAAUUCACCGGAAUUUGAGCAUUACAUUGAGAUGAUACACGAUAAAACCAAUCGCGAUGCACAAAUUCCGGCCGGCUUUUUGCUGGGCAAGAAUGGCAUCAUCAUACGCAGCACUCUACUGCGGAUGAAGCGUGUCCAUGCGCUUAUUAACAUACCUGUGAACCUGACUUUUACCCCGCCAUCGAAAAUCAAUCAUCCACCUUGGCUGGGUUGGUAAGAUGCGUGUCCAGAUGCGUUCUAAAAUCAAAGUGCGCACUUAGUCAGUAGCGCUUAAUGUGAACUUUCAGCAUAGGUGCAUAUUAAGUUAUGUUUUCAAGGUUGUAAACCACUUUUGAAGUGUAAGGAAGGAGUAUUUCAAAAACGUUUUCUAAAAUUUCUAAUUUACCAAAUACUUUCUACGAGCGAAUUUCUGCAUUUAAUCUUAAAUCAAAUACUGUCAUUCUUAACAUAAUUACCUUUUUCAUUGUCUCCAAUUUGAUAUUAGCUAUUAACAAUGUUUAAUUUCAAUUCACAUGCAAUUUGUAAUGAUAUUGUGGCUCAUGGAUUAGUUUUCUUAAUUGUGGAGUGGUUUACAGUCGUGAUUAUUAAACUUACAAAACCAACUGAAACUGAAACUGAACUGAAUAAUAAGUAGUUAAAUUGUAAAACAAAAGCAAUCCCAUUUAAGCCGCUAGAUAAACCCAACCACACCAACAGAAAUAAAAUUAAAAAAAAAAGAAAACAACCAAAGCAUACAUUGUAAAUAAAAUU